UGCGCAUGCGCGGUGGGGAGAGUUCUUUCUCUAUGUAGUUGUGUGUACAGUCAAGAUGGUGAACCGAUUGACAUACCGUAGGAGGCUGUCCUAUAACACCAAGUCCAACAAAACUAGGGUGUCAAAGACUCCGGGGGGUCGGCUGGUGUACCUGUACGUCAAGAAGAAGGGCACACCCCCCAAGUGUGGGGACUGCAAGGGCAAGCUGAGUGGGCUUCCUGCAGUGAGGCCUAUUAAGUUGAAGAACCUCUCCCGACCCAAGAAGACCGUGUCCAGGGCGUACGGAGGCUCCAGGUGUCAUCAAUGCCUCAGGCAGAGGAUCAUCAGAGCUUUCCUUAUUGAGGAGCAGAAGAUUGUGGUCAGAGCACUCAAGGCACAAGCUACCAAAUGAACUAACCCUACAUAGAAACUGUUUUAUGUUUGCUCUGUGGUUUCUGCUUACAAUGUCAGAUUUGAUUAAUUAUGACAAUCACUUUUGUCGUCAUUCCA